AUGAGCUCAAUCUUUGGCGGCAGUGACAGUAACAAUAAUUUAAAUGUCAUUAUUUUUGACGCGUCAAAAAACGAGAGAAAAUUGAAUGAAGAAUUUAAAAUAUUACAAAGAAAGUUAAAAUCAAAAUGGAAAUUCAUCGAAAACAACGAUGUUUUAACGGAAGAAUUAUUAUCGACAGGCAAAAUAUUAGUAUUGCCUGGUCCACGAAAUAAAUUUACAGAAUUAGAAAUGAAUUCGAUUAGAGCAUUUUUAAAUUCUGGCGGACAUAUUUUAGUUAUGCUUGGUGAAGGUGGUGAAAAAAAAUCAAAUACCAAUGUAAAUUUUUUAUUGGAAGAAUUUGGCAUAAUGGUGAACAAUGAUAGUGUUAUACGUAUGAGUUAUAGUCAGACAAUGCAUCCAAAAGAAUGUUUAAUUUCUCAAGGAAUGUCAAACAAAUCCAUAUUUUCAAGAAAUCAUGAUGAGUAUAUAAAUAUGAACUUUUUAUAUCCAUAUGGAGCAACUUUAAAUGUAGCACAAUCAUCUAGAGUUGCAUUAUCAAGUGGAUCAAUAGCAAUUCCAACAAAUAGACCUAUUUGUGCUUAUCAUUAUGAUGAAACCAAUGGUGGAAAAUUACUUGUUUUAGGUUCUUCAAGAAUGUUGACUGAUACAUAUAUUGAAAAAGAAAAAAAUGAUUCAUUAAGACAAAUGAUUUUUGAUUUUUUUGAAUCUACAGAUAUUGUAAUUAAAGAAUCUCAAAUGGAUGAUGUAGAUUUCUGGGAAUAUAAUUUUAUCCCAGAUAUUACACAACAAGCUGAUAAUCCAAAAGUAUGUACUCAGGAUAUGGAUAUUAUGGAUAAUCCUUAUGAUUAUACCAAAUUAUUUAAACAUCAUCUUUAUUCAGUAAACUUAGAUAUGGUACCCUCUUGUAUAAAAGCUUAUGAAGUUCUUGGUGUAAAACAUGAACCACUUACUCUUAUUUCACCACAUUUUGAGACUCCAUUACCACCUAUGCAAGCUUCAGUAUUUCCACCAAGUUUUCAAGAAUUACCACCACCAGCUUUGGAAUUAUUUGAUUUAGAUGAAGCUUUUAGUUCUGAUUUAUUGAAAUUAUUACAAUUAACAAAUAAAUAUAUGGCAACAAAAGAUUUAUCAAAAGAUAUGGAAUUAGAUCAUUACAUUCGAGAAUUUGGAAGUAUUAUUAGAAUAAGUAACUCGGAAACUCAUUCAGCCAAAGAAGUAUUAAAUAUAGUUUUUCAAAGUAUCUGUAGUUAUAAAGCUAUGCAUGAAUGAAAAAAAAUUGUACAUAUUAAAAUUAUAUAUAUUGUGUUUUAAUAUUUUACUUGUACUACAUUUAUAUAAAUAUUAUAUAAAUAUUAUAUAUUUAUAUAAAUAUACACAAUGUAAAAGAUAUGUAUAUAAUUAAAAGGUUAUAAUAUUGUAUAUUUUUUUAAUGAUUAAAAUUAUUCUCAAUUA